CCAGAAGGCUUUUCAGCCACUCAACUGUUAGUGUGUGUGUAUGAGCUCAGGGGAGGUUGGUUUGCGUGUGGAAUCAGUGUAGUAUCGGUUAUCUUGUAAUCAGCUAAAUUGGUUCUCCGUCUUUGUACUUUUUUGAGUACGUCCAAUUACAGUCCCUCCUGGAACUAAAGGAUACUGCGGUAUCUGGAUGUUGCGGUGCAGACAGCUUCCCUUCCACCCUGAAAUCUGGCCAAUGGUAGACCAGAUGCAGCUGUGAGGACAAGACUGUGAGGGUGUAGGAUGCAGUCAUCAGCCCACCGUCUACGGGACAUGGAGCAGCACCACCCGCUGCUGGUGGCGCCCAGCGAUGAGGAGGCGGGGGCCGUGGCGGGGGUGGGGCUGGCCCCCCCAGGGGCGGAGGCAGCAGAGCAGGUGUGGUUCAUCCAGGACAGCUGUGGCAUUGUGUGUGCCUUCAUGACCUGGUUCAUGGUGCUCUACGCCAACUUUGUGGUCAACUUCGUCAUGCUGCUACCUGGAAAGAGCUUCUGGUACUCGCUGCUCAAUGGAGCAGCCUUCAACUCGCUGGCCGUGCUGGCAUUGAGCUCGCACCUGCGCGCCAUGCUGACUGACCCGGGUGCUGUUCCCAAAGGCAACGCCACCAAGGAGUACAUGGACAGCCUGCAGCUGAAGCCAGGGGAGGUCAUCUACAAAUGCCCCAAGUGCUGUAGCAUCAAGCCUGAGAGGGCUCAUCACUGCAGUAUUUGUAAGAGAUGCAUCUGCAAGAUGGACCACCACUGUCCCUGGGUGAACAACUGUGUAGGGGAGAAGAAUCAGAAGUUCUUUGUGCUGUUUACAAUGUACGUAGCCUUGAUCUCAGCCCACGCCUUGGGCCUCAGUGUCUUCCACUUCUUCACCUGUGUCCAGGUCCAGUGGAACGAGUGCAGCGACUUCUCUCCGUCCGUGUCGGUCAUGCUUAUGAUUUUCCUCUGUCUGGAAGCUGUCCUCUUCCUCCUCUUCACCAUUGUCAUGUUCGGGACCCAAAUCCACUCGAUCUGCAACGAUGAGACGGAGAUCGAGCGGCUGAAGAACGAGAAGCCCACCUGGGAGCGCCGUGUCCGCUGGGAGGGGAUGAGGACUGUGUUUGGAGGCCCCCCCUCCCUGCUGUGGUUCAACCCCUUCACGGGACUGCGUCUGCGUCGCCUUCUGAUGACACGUGCUCGCCGCGGUGGGGCAGAGUUCUCCGUCUGAGGGGCCAGAGGCCGGGUGCAGCUCACUGGUCAUCCCACUGUCCUGCUGGCAUCUCCAAGGGUUGAGAAGGAAGGAUUUUUGAGUGGGAUUCCCUCACACAGGGGCGAGAUGAGGCUGUCCUGUCAUGGUCCUCUGGAUUACCACUGCUCUCCUCCACAUACUGAUGUAGACAAACAAGUACCAUAUCUGUCUACAUGAGUAUGUCAGGAAUGUAGUUCUUCUGUUUGUGAUUAGGAGGUACUUUAAGAUUUUUAAUGAGCUGUGGUCGUGGAAUAUUAAAAAAAGGAUUGGGGGGGGGGCAUAGUAGGUAAUAAGCAGUAAUCAGUACUCAAAGGCGUUCAACACCUGAAGCCUUUCUCUGCACCAGUUGGAGAGAGGGACAUUGUGUACGUUUGUGAUGGUCCCCAUUAUAGAGGACCUGACCAUGGCCUGCUCUGCCCUACAGCCUGAGCCUUGAAGUGCACUAUAUAGUAUCCAAGUACAUUAUGGAUAACUCCUUUAGGAACUGGAGCCUGGCACAUCCCAGCUGGAUUUGCAGACAAUCAUGGAGCAUCUCAGCCUAUUAAGGAUGCUUGGAGCUGCAGUCUAUGGAGAAUCAUAUUUGAAACUGUACAGAAGUCCUAUAGACUGAUUCCAGAGAGAGGAAUCUGUUGCCUUUGGGAUUUUGGUUUUAUCCUUCGAUCUAGGGUUUUCCACUUUUUUUUUUCAUUUUUUUUUUUCAUUGUAAACAUUUUGUACUAACAGCUGCAGGAUAACUUGUUUCAUUGUGUGUCACAGACUUUUAUUAUCAAGGCUUCUCUUCAAUACCAUUUUAUGCUUAAGAAACACUGUUUACCCGUUCAGUAACUUACAACAAACAAAUGAACAAAGGAUUGUAUGGAAUUUAAAAAGUUCAAUUUCAUCGACAUGAAUGCCAUGUUUCUGGAGCAUCUUACCCAUUGAUUUUAAUUGUAGUUUUCAUAACACUUGUUUCUCCCCGAUCUGAGGCUGGUGACAACGAGGAUCAAAUUUUGCUCUGGUUUAGUUAACUCUCAACAAAGUAUCUUAAGAGUCUUUCAUUUUGACUAUUUAGAAUGUAUGGCAUUAUUUUUUUAUAUUUAUACUUUAGCACUAAGGGGUAGCAGGGAAAACACAGACUAUGCUGAGACAAUUUGAUCUCAACUGUGUAGUAUCUACUGAGAUCAGUGCAUUACAGAGAGAACAGUGCUGAAUGAUAUAUCUGUCAUAUGGACCCAAGGUAAACCUGAGCAGUUGGAGCUUUUAUUCCUAGAAGCUGAGGGUGCACAAUUGUAUGGAUUAUCAAUGAACGAGCUUCAGAAGAUUCCUGUUGGGUAUCGUCAACGUGUGACGGAGAAUUGUGAGCUUAUCCACACUAGUUUUAAAGUAUUUCAUUGUAGACCUGCCAUCUGUGGAUAUCCCAUGGCCAAGUAGGCUACACAUGCCAUCUUGGGUAAGUUAAACUUUGGAGCCAUGUUGCCAUAUAUACAGUAUGUUUCUUUACCCAGGGCAGAAGCUGAAGACGCAAUCAGACAUUAUGAUCAAGAAUUAUCAUUGAGCUUUACAACUGGGUCUCACGGGUGACUUUCAUCUAUAGGCUAAUCAUGAACAUGUAUGGAAUUAUGUAUUGUUUUAAAAUGUCUCAAAUUGUCUUUAUAAUGUGUUAUUUUGCAUAAUAAACUUGAUAAAUUCAGAAGAA